AUGGAAGCCCUGGGUCCCGGAGGUGACUGCACCUCCCCGGCCUCAUCCACUCGCAGCCUUGACUCGCGGCGGUUGUCUGCGCCCACCGAUUUGGCCUACAGCUCUCUCUCCGCCGCCUCAGGCGGUCCUGAGCCUCCAGAGCCUUCGCCAGGGACCCAGGAACUUCCCUACCUAGACUGGGACUACGUGCGUAUGGUGUGGGGCGGCCCGGCCCCCGCCGCCGGGCUUCGCACUUCCCCACAGCCCCGGCCCGCGGCCGCCGCACGCAGUGGGCCUCGUCCCCCCGAAAAGGGGACCCCGGGACCGCUCAGCCGCCAGACCACCCCGCUGCUGUACGCGCUGGCGGCCGAGGCCGAGGCCGCGGCGCGGACCGCCGAGCCGCCCAGCCCGCCCGCCUCGCGGGCCGCCUACCGCCAGCGGCUGCAGGGCGCGCAGCGGCGAGUGCUCCGGGAGACGUCCUUCCAGCGCAAGGAGCUCCGCAUGAGCCUGCCCUCCCGCCUGCGGCCCGCGACCCCCGCGCGGCCCUCGGCCGAGCACCCGCGCUCCGCCUCACUCAGCCACCCCGGCGGGCAAGUAGAGCCGGCGCGCUCGGGGGCUCCCACCCAGCAGCGGAAGUGGUGCUUCUCAGAGCCAGGGAAACGGGAUAGCCUGGGUAGGGGCGCUGGGUUGGCGAGGCAGUGCUCGGGAGAGGUCUGCUCCAGCUCUGGCUUCAUUAGGCCGGAGCCUCGGGAAUGGCAGCAGAGGACGCUGGCUGAGUUCGAAGGUCACCAGAUCAGAUGGCGGCCUGCGACCCAGCCCCCAAGCAUAGAGGACCCGAAACCCCCGCCCUUGAAGUUUGGCAAUGCCUACAGGCCUGCCGGCAGUCGGAGUCGGAGCGCUUCCGGGGAAGUCUUGGCGCCCUGGAGAAGUCCAGAAGGUGUCAUGCCCAUUGCCCAGGCUGUUCCCCAAGGAGCAGAAACCCCCAGACCACCGUUGCCAACCAAACUUAACAGGUUCCUGAAUCAGAAGGAAGCUGCAGAAGUGUGUCCUGCAGAGGGCCCCCAGAGCGGUCCCUCUGACUGUGAGCAGAGGGGCUCAGAGAACUGCAUUGUGUCUGCUCGGCUCCCAUCCCUUCCUAAUGAUGAAGUUUUCCUGGAAGAAGCCCCCCUGGUCAGAGCAAGAUCACCUGCAGACUCCCAGACUCUCCUGGGGCUCCCAACCUGUGUCCAUGUCUCUGACCAGGAGUACGGAGCUGGCUUGAGCCAAAGGACUGACCAAGUUAUAAUCCCCCCAGAGCAGCCCCUCCAUGAGGACCCAGAAACUGCAGGGGUGGAUGAGUGUUGGCACGGGUUAAACGGUUCUGUGAAUGUUUCCAGGCCUACAUGCUGUAGCCCCCCUGAGACUGCAAAUGGUGACAUCCUUACAUUUGACCCCACUGGACUGCUGACGACUGUUUCCCCCACAGCUGCAGAGACUGACCUCAAACCUUUCCCAGGUGAUACCCUGGGACCUCCAGACAAUGAUACCCCAAGGCCCCCUGACCACAGUGCCCUAGCUUGGGGCUCUGGGGAGCCUGGUCCCAGGUCAACAUGGCCCAGUCCACGCCUCGAGGAGCUGGUUCAGGAGCUGGCCAGAUUGGAUCCCUCUCAGAGUGACACUUUCCCCUCCUAUCCCAGCCCAGAGCCAUCCCUGGGUCUGCUAGAUGGACUGAUUCCGUUAGCUGAGGUCUGGGCUGCAAUGAGACAAGGCUGUAGGGAGGCUGGAGAGGAGGCUGCUGGUAAUUCUGAGCCAGGGUCCUAUCUACUUAACUCCACCCAGCACCUGCCAACUUCUCAGGAGGAGACAAGGCCUGAAAACCUUACCACCCACGUUGUGCCUGACCAACCAUGUGACCAGGGCACUCCAAAGCCAAAUAACAGCAUCCAAGCCAAGAAAGCAGAGCUGGCGGACCUCCUCCAAAAGAUGCUAAGGGACCUUCAGGCCGAGCAGAAGCAGCUGCAGGGAGCGGCCCAGGCUUGGGCCAGGCGCGGAGCUGCUCUGGAGGCCGCCGUCGGCCAGGCCUGUGCACCCCACGAGCUGGAGCGGUUCAGCCGGUUCAUGGCCGACCUAGAGCGCGUGCUUGGCCUCCUGCUGUUGCUGGGCAGUCGCCUGGCCCGCGUGCACCGCGCCCUAGCCCGGGUGGGUGCCGACAGCGACCCUGAAGAGCAGGCCUCUCUGCUGCAGCGACUGGGGCUCCUGCAGCGGCAGGAGGAAGAUGCUAGGGAGCUGAAGCAGCACGUGGCGCGGCGGGAGCGGGCCCUACGCGAGCUGCUGGCGCGCGCACUGCCCGCAGAGGAGCUGAGAGCCUACCGCACCCUGUUGGCCGGCAAGGCCGCCGUCCUGGCCCAGCAGCGCAGCUUGGACGAGCGGGUCCGCCUUAUUCAGGACCAACUGGACGCAGUCAGGAACGACCUUGGCCGUCAUCCCUCGCCUCCCAGGCCGGCCUUCCCCUCAGGGACCCAUCCUCCGGAUAAACCGCCCUUCCCCCCUCCCCUCAUCUAG